UGUGAUUUUCGGAUGUCAAAAUGGCACUGUUCGACUAUGUGAGUGAUGCUGCGAAUAGCAGCAGCCAUAAGAUGGUGGUUCCGUUGACAAUUUUCGUGGCGAUUUUGUGUCUCUGUUUAGUAAUUGGCCAUUUGCUUGAAGAAAAUCGAUGGGUUAACGAAUCCAUCACCGCCAUUAUCAUUGGUCUCAUAUCAGGGACAAUAAUACUUCUGAUAAACAAGGGGAAAAGUUCCCACAUACUUAGAUUUAAUGAAGAGGUGUUCUUCAUUUAUCUACUCCCACCGAUAAUAUUUAAUGCAGGAUUCCAGGUGAAGAAGAAGCAGUUCUUCCAUAACUUCUUAACUAUUAUGUCGUUUGGAGUUAUUGGGGUUUUCAUAUCAUCAAGUAUUAUCACGGCUGGUAGCUGGUGGCUGUUUCCUAAGUUUAAUUUCAGUGGAUUGUCUGUUCGUGACUACCUUGGUAUUGGAGCAAUAUUUUCGUCGACGGAUACUGUUUGCACACUGCAGGUCCUUCAUCAAGACGAGACUCCGUUGCUUUACAGCCUUGUCUUUGGGGAAGGAGUAGUGAAUGAUGCUACAUCAGUUGUUCUCUUCAAUGCAGUGCAGCAGAUUGAUGUCGAAAGAUUCAAUGGCUGGUCGGCUCUCCAUGUCUUUCUAGAUUUUUUGUACCUGUUCUCCACAAGCACCGUUCUUGGAGUUUCUGCUGGACUUCUAACAUCAAUCAUUCUGAAGGACUUAUACUUUGGGAGACAUUCUACCAUUCGUGAAAUAUCCCUCAUGCUUCUGAUGGCAUAUCUGUCCUACAUGUUGGCUGAGCUUUUCAGCCUCAGUGGGAUUUUGACCGUCUUCUUUGCCGGAAUCUUGAUGUCUCACUAUGCAUGGCAUAAUGUGACUGAUAGUUCAAGAAUCACUACGAGGCAUGCAUUUGAAGCUAUGUCCUUCAUUUCUGAAACGUUCAUAUUUUUGUACGUGGGAAUGGAUGCGCUGGACAUUGAGAAGUGGAAAAUGAGCAAACAAAGUGUUUGGACUUCAAUGGGAAUAUAUGGUACCGUGCUCCUGUUGAUGGCUGUUGGGCGUGCUGCUUUUGUGUUCCCUCUCUCUGCUCUUUCCAAUUUCAUGAACCGAAAUGCUACACGAACGCCGUUAAUAACAUUCAAACAUCAGAUAGUAAUUUGGUGGGCUGGUCUUAUGAGAGGAGCGGUCUCCAUUGCCUUGGCGUUCAAGCAGUUCACUUAUUCUGGUGUUACAAUUGAUCCAGUGCAUGCCGUAAUGGUUACGACUACAGUAAUUGUUGUGCUCUUCAGUACUCUGGUUUUUGGCUUCUUGACAAAGCCACUUAUCCACUAUCUGCUUCCGCAGAAUGACAGUACAAGGAGAAGUAUAGAUAGAGAUCCAAAUAACUCAAAAGAGACGCUCCCUUUGCUUUCGUUUGACGAAUCUGCCACAACCAACCUUUUACGUGCGAAGGAUAGUUUGUCCAUGCUUCUUCAAAGACCUGUAUAUACAAUCCAUUCCUACUGGAGGAGGUUCGAUGACAAUUACAUGAGACCGACAUUUGGUGGGCCAAUCAGAGACGAGGAGUCGGUAUAGUAGCCGAGACUUGCCACUACGAUGGUGGCAAUCCUACUCUCUCGUAAUGGAAGCAAAUCAUCUGUGAUGGAUCAUCGACAUGUUGAAAUUUUGACAUCCGAACUGUGGUUGGAGCUUUUACACGUUUGUUCUGACGAAGCAAAUCUUGAUGGAAUUAUAGCAUGUCUUGUUCCUUCGACUCUUCAAGAAUAUUAAAUAGCAUAGCAAGAACGCGUUGAAGAUUC